CUCUUUCGUACUUGCUCAAUUGUCGGUUUUCAGCCUGCUUAGUCUUUUGGCUUACUUGUUUAUCUUCCUUUUCUUGAAUUUCCAUAGCGCAUUGUCGGUUUGCUAGCCAAUUAUCCAUAUCUUAUUGCUACCAUCGCGUAUCUCUUCCCAGCGUCUACUUUGGAUUGCAACCUUAAUUCUAUCACCGCAUUAUAUCUUUCAUACGGUACGAAUACGCAUUAAACCUGGUGAUCGAUCCAUCACCAUCUUAAGCCGGCCGCCAUGAGCCCUUCCAUGUCAAUGCUGCUACAAUUCCUUCUCUUCAUCCCGUUCGUCCAUGCCGCCAAUGCUACCGUCUCUGUCUACAACGAUUCCGAUAAAUACAAAUACUACGGGUGCUACAAUGAGACAACCCAAGUGCCUGGCUCAGCUGAUACGCGUGCUUUGGGUGGUGGAAUUGAUGAGAGCUUGCCGGGCCAGAUGACGGUGCCAAAAUGUCUUGCUUUUUGUGGUAAUGGCGACACAGAGUACCGAUAUGCCGGGCUGGAGUGGUCGAGAGAAUGCUGGUGCGCCCAGACGCUGUCCGGCAUCGCGGAGAAGCUCGAUGAUACGGCCUGCAAUUAUCCCUGCGAGGGUGAUAAUGCUACUGCCUGCGGUGGCUCUUUGAAGCUCACGGUUUAUCGUGUUUCUUCAGCAAGCGUACUAUCUACUCCAGGCCUACUCACUCUGGCCUCCACCGGACUUGUGAUGAUGGUAAUGAUGCUAUGAUGAUGUGAUACAGGUUACGAUUAUGAUGAUGUUUACUUUGAAAUCUACAUGGAUAUAAAUGGACUUUCUUUCCUCCCUUAGAAGGCGAACUUGACUGCAUGUUGGACAACUAGAUACAACUAGGAAGCCCUAGAAAUGUGAUAGUAUUGCUCACGAGUUUUAGAAGAAUCGCUCAAAUCAUUAAUGAAUUGGGUUACCCCU